AUGUCCUUCCCUCUCCUCAAUCGCCUCCCGUCUGUCAAUCCUCUUGCCUCGCGAAUGUCAAUGACGCGGUCGACCACCCAGCAGCAGUCGAGAGGUCAUGCGGGACACUCGCACCACGGCCACGCACACGCCCACGACACCACCUACCUGACCUCGCAGAACAAGAACGAUGCUGGCGUCAAGAUCACAAGGAUUGGGCUGUUCGUCAACCUGGGCAUGGCCAUUGGGAAGGGCGUAGGGGGUGUCGUCUUCCACUCUCAAGCUCUGAUUGCCGACGGCUUCCACGCUCUCACCGACCUGGUCUCCGACUUCAUGACCCUUGCCACCAUCUCUUGGUCCCUCAAACCCGCCACGAAUCGAUUUCCUAGUGGUUAUGGCAAGAUUGAGAGCUUGGGUGCUUUGGGAGUGAGCGGACUGUUACUGUUCGGAGGUGUGGGUAUCGGGUUGAAUGGGCUGGAUGCCCUCUACACACAGUUGAUGCUCGAUCCUGCGGUUGUGGCCCACGCUCAUGACCACGCUGAACAUGCUGGUGGUGGUUUGUUCUCCUUUCUUGGACAUAGCCAUAGUCAUGGUCCCAUAUUACCUGAUCUCAACGCCGCCUGGCUUGCAGCCGGCUCUAUCGUGGUAAAGGAAUGGUUAUAUCGAGCUACUAUGAAGAUUGCCCGAGAACGCAAAUCCUCCGUUUUAGCCUCCAAUGCGGUCCAUCACCGCAUAGAUUCGUUGACCAGCAUUGUGGCCCUGGCUACGAUUGGGGGUGCACAUGUCUUUUCGGACGCCUCGUGGCUCGACCCUGUGGGCGGGCUGAUCAUUUCCGCCAUGGUAAUAAGAGCAGGCUGGAACAACACAAAAACUGCUCUCCUCGAGCUCGCAGAUGUCACCGUGGACGAUGAGAUCAAGGGCCUAGUCCGCAGAGCCGCAUCCAGAGCUCUCAAAGGCGAUGCUGCAAAUGGCAUUGAGCCUGUCAAGUUCGGGAAUGAGACCGAGAUCAGAGAUAUACAAGGCGUCAAAUCUGGUCAGAAUUAUCUGAUAGACAUUGAACUCGGGGUUCCCAAGGACUUCACCCUGGAGCAGAUGGAGCAGAUUGAAGACGCCGUGCGAGAAAGAUGUGGUUCCAAGAUCCGCGGAGUGAGACGAGUUCGCGUCAAAUUCGUCCAGUUGGACGAUGCGAGGGCCACGCUCGCAGGUGAUUUCAUUGUCACGGACGUGAGUCCAAGAAGCAGUCCCGAGCCCGAGGAUGAGCGCGAUGACCAUAACCAUCAUCAUCAUGGAGAAGGGCGAGGACAUGACCAUGCCCACGAACACGCAAAUGGCCACGCAAAUGGCCAUGCCAUCACCUCGAGCCAAAGAAAAAAGGAUACCUGA